AUGCUCGCCAUCUGCUUCAAUGUCGAAGGGAACCCCGGAGAUAUACCUAUUGCAGCAAUCAAAGAAACAAUUCAAAAACAAGCGAAGCUCAUGAAGGCACCCUUGGGGAAACGGUGGCUGUCCUAUACGAACCUUGCCCUAAGAGAUCUACUGGCGAAGGAUCAAUGGCAUUUUUCUACUGACGGGGGAAGAACUGUGGUUGUUACCCCCGGUGGGCGGGAAAAGUAUAAGGCUGUGAGGGACAAGUACCCAGUGCCGGAGAAUGAGACUGCAAGUCACAAAGCUGCAAGACUCUUCGAAAUUACCCGCGAAAUCUUGAGGCAGUUCAAUAUGUUGGAGAAGUUGACGCAUAAGGAGGUUGUCAGACAUGACAGAGCGCGCGGAGCCCGACUGUUGGAGAUUCUGAAUGCUCAGGGUGUGACUCCUGAGCCUUCUCUCUACGAUCACGCCUCAGAUUACCAGGGGUCAAGACGCAAUAGCGUGGCAGAUAUCAACGCUAUGCAAGAGGAUGGUGAUAAUGUACAAUCACCUCGUGGCUCUCAACCACUCAAUGCCACCCCGACUCCUUCACGUACAGGCUCACGUAUCGACGCAUUCGGUAGUCCACGUCCUUCGUUCUCUUACCCCACUCCCUCCGGCGCUCGUGCAGGAUCUGCCACCAGUGCACCCCAAGGCGAAGCCACUCUUCAUUUGACGCCCUCGACCUCGUUCGAGACGCCUCGGCGUCCUCAACAGCCGCGCGGGUUCUAUCCGACGCCAGACUCGAAUGAUCGUCCCCGGGUUCGUCGUGAGGACCGUGAGUUCUUUGAAGGGGAUGAUACACGCCAAUCUCUCAUACCAUUCGAUAACACUUUUGCCCAAGCUCAAGGAUCGCACAGUAGCAGUUCUAGCAACUCUACAGACCCAGGUACCCUUUUGCUCCAGGCCAAAGCCGGGUAUGACGCUCGCGAGGAAGACCAGUGCAGACAGAUCGCCGAGCAAGAUGCAUGUAUCAAACAGCUCCGGUCCCGGCUUCACGAGGCCGAGUCGAGGUAUGACGCCGAAUGCGAAGAGUGUACCGAGUUGCAAAGAUAUGGAGAGAGGAUACUGGAGGAACGGAAUCAUAUUUUAAAAUGCUAUCGUGAACGGGAUGAACGAGUUGUGUAUUUCUGGUCGAAGUGGUGGGCGAGUAGAGGUGAGAAUGAGAAGCAGGAACGAGAAUUUGGAGAAAUGGACAGGAGACUGCAGGAGAUUGAAGAAGCAUUGGAGAAUAUUCGACAGACGCUGCGGCAGAAGGAGGAGGACAUCGUUAGAUUGAGAUUGGAGAAGGCGGAAUUGAUGGAAUAUUGCACGAAGCUGCGGGAGAAAGCAGACCGCAAAGAUGCAGUGAUGAAAGGGUGGAUAGCAGAGCCACCGGUUCGCACACCGGAUGUUUUGGCCAAUCAGUAG